GCGGUCGCAUUCACCAGAGGACAGUGAGAGACAAGUAAUUCGUACAACAUUAAGAAAUCAACAAUGGCGCAUGCGUUUUGUAUUCGUGGAUGCAAUAACUAACAUAUGGCAUCGAGAUAGCGGUGUCACGUAUAACCUUAGAUAGCGGCGCACCUGACUCGCCACUUAAGCCAUGCACGGUCGCCAUUAACAUUUCGCGACUUGAAACAGCCACACGCUUAUACAGUGCGAGGAAGUACAUCGACGAUCGGGAAUAAAUAACGAAGUGCAGAAGCGGAUUUAUACUGUCAUCGGAAACAACAAGGACAAUACUAGACACUUCAAUUAUGGGCGCAACGCAUCUCGACGUCGGUCUACGAUGUAUCAAGUACCUGCUUUGUGCAGUAAACGCACUUUUUGUGCUAACAGGGGUGAUGAUCAUCUCGAUUGCCACAACAAUUUACGCCGUUUACGAAGACUUUUCGCACUUCCUUGAUCCGACUUACUUCUCGCCGGCAACUCUUCUUAUGGUCGUCGGUGUCUUGAUCUUCGUCAUUGCUUUCUUGGGAUGCUGCGGUGCGCUCAGAGAGAGCACCUGCAUGGUUUUAGUGUUUGCAGUGUCGAUGUCUUUGGUGCUGAUAUUGGAAGCGUCCGCUGCGGUAGCUGCUUACUUUUUACAAGAUGGAGUGAAAGAUGUACUUUCAGACUUAAUUGACACCAACAUACAGCAGUAUGAGAACAACCAGGAGGCUGCUUUCGCCGUAAACUUCUUGCAGUCAAAGCUUCGUUGCUGCGGAUACGAUAGUUACAAAGACUGGGACGGAGUGCUUACAGCCGACGAGAACGACAUGGGGGUACCAAACUCGUGUUGCUCCUGGUACACCGCAGCUGAUGAUUUCUACAACGUGACCAUGUGCGCUAGCGUUUACGAGGAAGGCUGCAUCAGUCGGAUGGCCGUGAUUAUUCAUAGGAGCGCAUUAUACUUGGGUACCGGUGCGAUCGCAAUCGCUAUGAUUCAGAUGACGGGAAUAAUGUUUGCCUGCAUGCUUGGCCGCUCGAUCAGAAGACAAAAGGUGGAGAUAGAGAGACGUCGUUGGGAAGUACGCGAGAGUUUGGUGAACGGUUAUCAGCAAAUUGGAAAGGCAGAUCCGGCCUCUACCUUCCCUGUAAUUUAUAUGAAAUCACCAGAUUUCCCCCUGAAACACCCUUACGAUAAUGCUAAUGCUUAGUCGACGCAUUAUUUUUUACCGCUAAAAUUAUGUUUAUCAAUUUCGACACUAGAGUAAAUUUAAUGGAUGACACCUUUAUCCAGCCACUCCGAAGCUGAAAAUUAAUAUUCAAUGCACGUUGCAGAUCAAUUUAAUAAAGGAUUUGCAUUGAAAACAAAAGAGAGAUAUGUAAAAAGGUGAAUGGGAUACAGAUGACUAAACAGAAACAAAAUUUGCAAAAUUGAAACUUUUCGUUUUUUAGGUAUAUUUUGUAUUUUCUAGAGAUUAUAAUAUUAUGUGUAUCUAGAUUUAAGGGGGAUUCAGAGCUUCAUGUCACAAGUGUGACUGGGAAGUCAAAAUAUCAGAACCCAUUAUAUGCUUCAGUAGAAACUGAACGCUCCUUCACAACAAUUUAUUCAGAAACGUUGAGUGUGUUUGGCAUGUUUUUUUCGUGCACUCAUUUCAACUUAUAUGAAACGCAAUAGCUAGACACCUAACAACUUGUACGAAAGGUCUUGUUGCUUGAUAUCCGUAUAGUUUAGCAAAAUAUCAGGUGAUUGCUCGUUUUUGACGCCACAUUACAGAACGAAUAUGGUAUGUUGGAUCUUGAUUCUAAGCAUGCGAAAUUCAAAUGCUAAUACAUUUGGUACAAGCAGAAGCACGUGGAGCUGUUUAGUCUUAUGUUAUUCUAAUGAAAUUAUCCGUUUCAAGAUCAUGAGACAGGAUUUGUAGGAAAAUAUACACAUCGGUGAUACAAUUCUUGGCAAAUUUAAAAAAAUAAAAAUUAAAUGAUACUAUUAUUAUUACGAAA